GCGUAGGUUGCAUUCUUGGAGAGCAGAAGCAGAAAGGCGCGAAAGCAAAAGCUGUCUGUUUGUUUACGUUUUGCAUCAUGUGAAAGGUUUCAAGGGUUUCGAGUUUCGAGCCAACUGUCAGCACAAACAAAGCGCGGCGCGGAUUCAGCGCAAGCAGCAACAAUUCGCGGAACGCGAUUCCACGCGUGCUGCCGUUCGCGAAUGCACCGCGAAGCGUGAAACGCGAAUCAAUCGCGAUCCCAGAGCGCGCAGCAAUCCGCGAAAUUCGCGAAAUUCGCGAAAUAAUCGCGUUCCAGCUCCAGCGCGAGCAGCAAUCCGCGAUCCACGAACCGCGCCGCAAUUUAGCGCAGGAUGGCCUCCUCAGAUGGAAAGCUACUGAGUUUGAUGGCAGGCAAAAUGGGAAUUAACUCGGACAAAGCGCUCAAACGAGCCAGCGAGUUCUUACGCCUCCUCCAGUUGAAAGUUACAGCCUCCAGUGGUCUCCGGCAGUUCAGUGAUACCAGUCGUGUAGUUAUGUGUCUCGAUUUGGCAUGUAAUAAAUUGGGCUAUCCUUUCGACAAAUCGAAUCUUCUGAAACUAGCUGGACUGAACAAGAAGCUGUACUCAAAUGGUCUAAAUCUCAUUGAAAAUCUGCUAGAUCUGUCCAAACCCGUUAAUAUUAAUACACUGUGUGUCCAGCUCGGUGUUAGUGAGGUUGCCUCUCAUGCUCAGAAAAUUCUUGACAAGUACGUUGAACUGCACGCUCAGGGACCCAAUGGAGCCAGACCAAUAGAUACUAAUAUGCCUAUUUACCACUGUGCUUCUGUAUUUAUGGCAUGCAAACACAACAAAGUGAAAGUAGAUAGAUCUCAGUUAAUAGAGGCCUCGCGAGUAAAAAAAGUCCAAUUUGAUAAAUUAAUUGAAGAUUUUGUGCCAGUAUUAGAUAAUAUGGGUCCAAAAGAGGUGAAGAAAAGUGCCUCCAAAAGAUCUCACAAACUCAUUGAUCUUGUCACAAAGUAUGAUGAAGAAAGUAAAGGUACAGAAAAUGAAGAAGAGGCAGGCCAAAAAGAAUCAAGUGAUGCAGAAAAAGAAGACUUUGAGGUAUGGAAAAAAAGGAUACUUGGUGAAGCUUAUGAAGCUAAUUAAAUAGAAGUUUUGAAUUUUUUUGCCAUAUUCAUGUGAGCGUUUAAAGUAGUUUUGAUGAAUGUGAAUUUUUGUCAGUAAGGGAUGUGCUGCAAUUGUGUUGCAUAUUCAAGAGCAUAUUGAAACAAGUAGUUUUGAAGGAUGUGACUUUUUGUUGGUAGGAGUUGUACUGCAUUUGUGUUGUACAUUUGAGGGCUGAUUCAAAUCAGUUUUGACGGAUGUGGAUUUUUCUUAGUUUAAGUAGCACUUUAAUAGUUAAAAUUAUUUUGCACAUUUACUAGUGCAUAUGGGCAAGUUUUGAUGAAAGCUAAUUUUCGUUGAUAAAGGAUGCAGUCAUUUUUCAUAUCUACUCACUGUCAUAAAAAUUUUUUCAAUUGAUGGAAUUUUUUUAAAAAGCAGUUGCGCUCAAAAAAAAUUAUUUUGCAUAUUUACUUGCGAUUGUGACAAAGUUUUGGGACUGUUUGUUUCUUUGAGUUCUGUGGUAGUUGCGUUGGACAUUUGAGUGCGGAUUUUAACAAGUUUUGAAGGAUGUUAAUUUUUUUGUUAGUUGUAGUUGUGCUACAGUUGCGUUGCUCAUUCAAGCGCGGAUUGGGACGAGUUUCAACGGUUGUGACGUUCGUUUUUUUUUUGGGGGGGGGGGAAUUGCGUUUUUUCUCUUUUUUGGAAUAUAUCCAUCGCGAUUUUGUACAAUUUUCUUGGAGUUGUGCUGCUGCUGUGUUGCUCAUUCGAUCGCGGAUUUGAACAAGUUGUGAUGCAUGCAAAUUUUCGUCUCUGUAGUUGACAAAUGUCUGUUUUAUUGUAUUUAUUCAACAAAAUGUAAUUGCGCGAUUGCUUUAGUGUUCAUUUUCAUUUCAUCAUCUCGCAGGCCCAUCUCUAUUCAAAUUGGUUCAACAAAAUAUAAAUCCUACACAAAAUAGAA